UCAAUGGAAAGACCAACUAUCGAAUAACUAUUUAAAAUCAUAUUUGAAAUCAACAAAGAAGAUAAUUUUAUAUUCUGUAAAGCCUGUUAAUUAAGAUUUCCCAUAGCAGAACCAGAAUAAGCAACAAUAUAUAUACAUCAUUUCUCUAAAGAACAUGUUUAUAACCUCUCAAUUAUUGCUUCUAAAGAAAUUAUGAAGAAUAAAGAAUCUGCAAAAAAAAAAGAUAAUCAAAUUUCAUCAGCUAUUCCCCUCUUUGAUUUAGAAAAAGCACUCCAAAUUUAAUAAUAAUAAACUAAAAAUGGUAAUCUUUAUAUCUAUAUUUUAGUUCUUCAUUAAUAUUUCAAAGAAUGCAUCAAUAAAUUACCAAACAUCUGUGAAUCACUUGAACUCAAUAACUUAGAAAAUUAUAUGAGUACUCUUAAAAGAUUAUAUCUACAUUUGCUUAAUCACAAUACUUCUAUACUUACUCUUGAGCUUUGUUUUUCAUUUAUUGAUAUUUACAAAACUGAUAAAGAUCUUAAAUUAAUUAGAAAAAUUGUUAAAGCCUUUAAUUUCCCAUUAAAUAAUGAUUACAUACUUAUCCUUAAUCCUCAAAAAUAAAACAAUCCUAAUCAAUCUCUAGAUUUAUAUGUUGAAUUUUAUUAAGUCUUCAUUAAUGAUUUAAUGGAUUAAGGUUUAAACAAAGAAUGCUUAAUUUAUCAUCUUGCUAAAAUUGGAACACCUUUAAGCAAAAUUAUUGAUUUAAAACUUUAUGAAAUCAAAAAUAAAAUUAAUGAUCUCAUCAAUAAAAACAUUAUUGAUGAUUAAAACAUUAUCUUUUUGACCAUUCUUGAAAAAUUAGAACGUAAUGAAACUCUCAAUAGUCAUUCUUAUGUUUUUACUAAAUGGAAUACAGAAGAUUAAUUGAGAAAAUGUAUCAGGAAAAUCAGAUAUAGUCUUAGAGAUCAAACUAAAGAUGAAAGAUAUAAAAGAUUUUUAACCAUUGCUUCUCUUUAAUAAAUUUAAAAUUGGCAUAAAAUUCUAAUUUAAAAUGAAAAAAAUACAACUAAGGAUAUGAUUUAAACAUUAGAAACUAUUCAUGAAAAUAACAAUUAGUCAAGAAAAAAAAAGAAAUAUUUAAAUGAAUAACUUAAUAUUCCUAAUAAAACUCAAUAGGAUUGGGAUUAAUUUUAAAAAUAGACUUAAUAAACACCAGAAAAUAAUUAAUUCAAUACCAAUAUUAUUGAUUUAAAAUCUGUGGAACAAUAAGAUGAUAAAUUGGAUAAUUAAAAAUAAAAAGGUUUAUUAAAAAAGACCUCUAAAAGAUGA